GGCUGCGCAGGGCGCUCGGCGGGCGCGGGAGCCGGAGCCGGAGCCCGCGCAGCGCAGCCGCACCUUCCCCGCCGACCUGCGAGCGCGGACCCCGGCGCAGGAGCCGCCCCUCUCCGGGUUGUCUUCACUUGUACGACUAACAUCUCAGCUUAUCUGGAGCUAUAUUUUUUUAUAUUCCUUUCACGGGUUCAAACAUGUUUCCAGUGAGUUAUGGAUGGGAUAUUUUUGGAUUUUCUCAGUUUCUGCACUCUGGAUUUUUAAGAUACUCAAUUGACCGAACAGCUUCAGGGAGCCCAAGUAAACCCAGCCAUGCUAAAUGUUCAUGUUGAUUAUAAGCUAUGUCCUGAUCUCAGGUGAAGACAGACAUUGGGAGUCUUGGAGUGCAGACACUGGAAAGGCUUCAACUGUAAAAAUGUGCACCCGUUGUGUCUUGAAGUGCCAUCAGCUGUAACAGAAACUCCAGAUCGCAAGGCCUCCGCCAGGCAUCCACACACCCUGGAACCCAAGGCCAUGGAGCUCUCCGACAGCGACCGCCCGGUCAGCUUCGGCUCCACGUCGUCCUCCGCCUCUUCCCGGGAUAGCCAUGGCUCCUUUGGCAGCAGAAUGACCUUAGUCUCAAACAGCCACUUGGGCUUGUUUCACCCAGAUAAGGAAGCCGGGGCCAUAAAACUGGAGCUGCUUCCAGCCGGGCCGUUUUCCAGCAGCGAGCUUCAGCGGGAGAGCCGGGCUGGGCCGCAGGACACGGACCAGGGUGGUGACGUUCAGCCCAGGGCCCCGCGGGGCAUGGAAGCAAGUGGGGCGAGCAGAACAGGGGCCGAGUCGGCCACCAGCCCCAAGCUCCUCUAUGUGGACAGAGUUGUUCAGGAGAUUCUGGAGACCGAAAGGACUUAUGUGCAGGACUUAAAAAGCAUCGUAGAGGAUUACCUUGACUGCAUCAGGGACCAAACAAAACUUCCUCUGGGGACAGAAGAAAGAUCAGCCCUCUUUGGAAACAUACAGGAUAUCUACCACUUCAAUAGUGACCUUCUGCAAGAUUUGGAAAACUGUGAAAAUGAUCCUGUGGCCAUAGCAGAAUGUUUUGUGUCCAAGAGUGAAGAUUUCCACAUUUACACGCAGUACUGCACUAACUAUCCAAGGUCAGUGGCUGUGUUAACAGAGUGCAUGCGGAACAAGAUGCUGGCCAAAUUCUUCAGGGAACGUCAGGAAACUCUGAAACACUCUCUGCCUCUGGGGUCCUAUCUCUUGAAACCAGUUCAGCGGAUUCUCAAAUAUCAUCUCCUUUUGCAUGAAAUAGAAAAUCACCUUGACAAGGACACAGAGGGCUAUGAUGUGGUGCUUGAUGCUAUUGACACGAUGCAGAGAGUGGCUUGGCACAUCAACGACAUGAAGAGGAAGCAUGAGCACGCAGUCCGGCUGCAGGAGAUCCAGAGUCUGCUCACUAACUGGAAGGGGCCAGACCUGACCAGCUACGGGGAACUGGUGCUGGAAGGCACCUUUCGCAUCCAGCGCGCCAAGAAUGAGCGGACGCUCUUCCUCUUUGACAAGCUGCUGCUCAUCACAAAGAAGAGAGACGACACGUUUACAUACAAAGCCCACAUCCUGUGUGGCAACCUCAUGCUUGUGGAAGUGAUACCCAAGGAGCCGCUCAGCUUCAGCGUCUUCCACUACAAGAACCCGAAGCUGCAGCACACAGUUCAGGCUAAAUCCCAGCAGGACAAACGCCUCUGGGUUCUGCACCUGAAGAGACUGAUCCUGGAGAACCACGCGGCCAAGAUCCCGGCUAAGGCCAAGCAAGCAAUACUUGAAAUGGAUGCCAUUCAUUAUCCUGGGUUCUGUUACAGUCCUGAGGGAGAAACAAAAGCAUUGUGUGGUUCGAAAGACGGUUCUGCUCCAUAUCGGCUGAGAAGAAAAUCUGAACCUUCCUCAAGAUCACAUAAAGUUUUGAAGACCAGUGAAACAGCACAAGACAUCCAAAAGGCUUCCAGAGAGGAGGGGUCUCCCCAGCGGACCUCAGCGGGGCCAUCUCCCGCCCCAAGGAACAGCCAGCCGAGCAGUUCUGCCAUCAUCAGCGUGCUUCGCGGGGGUGGAGCCAUCAGAAACAUCUGGACGGACCACCAGAUCAGACAAGCCUUGUUCCCGAGUCGUCGGUCCCCUCAGGAGAACGAAGAUGAUGAAGAUGAUUAUCAGAUGUUCGUGCCAUCCUUCUCCUCCUCAGAUCUGAACUCUACCAGACUCUGUGAAGAUAGCACUUCCAGUCGCCCUUGCAGUUGGCACAUGGGACAGAUUGAGCCCACGGAGACCACCAGCUCCGGCCACCGGGUGGUCAGGCGGGCCAGCAGCGCUGGCGAGAACAACACAUGCGCUCCUGAAAUAAGAACUAGGGACAGUGGUGGCUCUCAGUACAGCCCCCGACGGGAACUGCAGAGUGACCCUAAAACAGAAGGGCAGGACGGAAUGACUCCCUUUGGGUCAUCUGUGGAGUUGACUAUUGAUGACAUAGACCACGUCUAUGAUAACAUAAGUUAUGAGGACUUAAAACUAAUGGUUGCUAAACGGGAAGAAGCUGAAUCCACACCCCCCAAAACAGCCAGGGACUCUGUUCGCCCCAAGAGCACGCCAGAGCUCGCCUUCUCAAAGAGGCAAGCUGGCCCCGAGAAGAGCUCUCUGCACACAGAGAGGGAUGGAGCUCUAACAGGUCGCCAGGCAUCGAACCAAAGCACACAUGAACUCCAGAUGGUGGAGGAAAACAUCUACGACACCAUAGGGCUCCCAGAUCCGCCCUCCCUGGAUUUCAAAUGCAGCAGCCUGAAGCGCCCCAAGAGGAGCACCUUCUUAGGGCUGGAAACCGACUUUGCAUGCUGUGACAGUCUGAGGCCCUUUGUUUCCCAGGAUAGCCUCCAGUUCAGCGAGGACGAAACUCCUUACCCCCAGGGACCCUCCGAUAAUGAUUAUUUGAGUCUGCUCUAUAACUCUUUCAGCUGUAACCUGUCUUUAGGUGAUAAAUCUAUAUCUGAUAAACUGUCUGAAGAAGUAGACGAAAUCUGGAAUGACCUGGAAAAUUACAUCAAGAAAAACGAAGUCAAAGCUAGAGACCGGCUCCUCGCAGCCUUCCCUGUCAGUAAAGAGGAUGUGACAGACAGCCUGCACUCCGAGAGCACCCCCGAGCUGGGCAGAGACACGGUGCGUUCCGUGUCUACCCUCUCGCUUCCUGAGGGCCAUGCUUUCCUCACGCCGCUGAAAGACAAGCCCGGCAGAGCUGGCCGGACCCACUGCCCGUUUGAGGAGGACCUGAUUUCUAAAGAGGGCUCCUUUAUGAGUCUUAACCGGCUGUCUCUGGCCAGUGAAACACCUCCCAUGGAAAACCCCUACGACUUGGCCAACAGCAGUCUAUCCCAACCAGACUUGGAAAACCCUGACCCUGGGAUGGAUGCCACAGAUAAGACAAAAAGCAGGGUCUUUAUGAUGGCCAGGCAGUACAGUCAGAAGAUCAAGAAGGCAAAUCAGCUUUUAAAAGUGAGAAGCCCAGAGCUGGAGCAGGCACUGGCCAGCCAGCAGCAUAAACCCACGCACAAAGACCUGGCAGCCAUCUUAGAAGAAAAGAAGCAAGGGGGUCCUGCCAUCGGUGCCAGGAUUGCUGAGUAUUCCCAACUGUAUGACCAGAUUGUAUUCAGAGAGACCCCCUUCAAGGCUCAGAAGGAUAGCUGGGCCAGCCCUCAAGAACCCUGCCACCUCAGGUCCACCUCACCUUCCCAGGCCCAACAUAGCAGCGAGGAUUGGCUUUUGCAUUCAACCUACAGUAACGGAGAGUUAGUGGAUUUCUGUCCCCGGCCAGAGCCAGACUUGAAGUCGAAACAUCCUACCUUAGCGAUCAGUGCAAAGAGCGCUCCAAGACAGCUGUCUGCAGCUUGCUCUGUGCCUUCUCUUCAAACCUCCGACCCCCUGCUGGGCUCCUUGCAGAGACACAGUGUCAUAGUCAGUCAGCCCAACAAAGAGAACUCUUUUCAGGGCCACCUUUACAACUCUUUGGGUCGCAAAGGCCUCAGUGCAAAAUGUCAGCCGUACAGCAGGUCCCGGUCCUCUUCCUCCAUCUUGAUAAACAAGUCGGGGGACUCCAUCAGCUACCCUGGGGAGAUGGGAAAGAGACAGCUGCUGUCUUCACACAAAAGUUCGAGGUGUGAGAGUCCCCAGGAUUUGCUGCCAGGUAUGGCUGACUCAUGUCCUCAGGGCGCUGAAAAACACUCAGAUCUCACGCUCCGAGACUCACAGAAGGUUCUGGUAGUAAGUAGAAAUUCACCCUUCAGUGCCCAAAUAGCGACCCAGAACUACUUCUCCAAUUUCAAAGAGACUGAAGGAGACGAAGACGACUAUGUGGAAAUCAAGUCAGAAGAGGACGAGCCGGAGCUAGAGUUCUCGCACGGCCGGAGGAAGAAAUCCGCCCCGGGGGUCAUGGAGGCCGACUUGCCCGAGAACGCCUGCAGCAGCAGCACCCCGUACUCUUUGAAUAGUCCAUGCACUCCAAAAAAGCCAAUAAGCGACAAGCUGGGGCUGUCCCCCUAUCUGACGUCGUACAGCGAUUCGGACAAACUGAAUGACUAUCUCUGGAGGGGGCCGUCUCCCAACCAGCAAAAUAUCGUCCAGUCGCUGAGGGAGAAAUUUCAGUGUCUCAGUUCCAGCAGCUUUGCCUGAGGUUCUUCGGAGAAGCCGCCCCGGGUCAACGUGGCGCGAUGGCUUGUAAAGGACCGAUACCCAGAGGUGUUUUCUAUGUACCAGAUUAAAACAGUUUUGUAAUAACCAGGCGUGUCAACCAUGCUUUCUUUUACACAACAGCUCUCUGAAAUGGCUGCCAAGCCAGCCGGGACUGUACUGUCUAGCCGGCGUCAGCAUCUCACGGCGUGUCUUCCUGAUGCUGACUGCCUUCAUGUUUCAUGCAAGUCAAUCUUACUUGGAAAGUUUUAGGCUUUUUUUUGUUUGUUUAACAUGAUGGCCAUGACAUUUUGUCCCGUGCCCUUGGCAAUAGUGCCCAGAGUCUAAGAAGUGCAGUAGCCCUCGCCUAUCAUCCAGAAGCCACGAGUAGUUUGAUUUUAGGACCCAAAGGCAGCAAGGAGGCUUUUCCACAUGUUUUUAAAAAAAAAAAAAAAAAAAAAGGAAGGAACACUAAAGCUGUUUGAAGGAUUAGGCUUAUUAUACCUGGCAUUUUGGUUACGUUCGGGACAAGACCCCAGAAUAACGUAAGCUAGAGAUCUCUAGUUAGGGGUGUAAGUGCACACUGCCCGUCUCCCUCUGCAUGGGUCACUCCUACAUCUGUUCACUCUAUUGUAGAAAUCGGGUAGCUGUGGGACAUCAGGAGGGAGCAAGAACGAUUAUAAGCAAAGACCCUUACCUCUAUUCCUGGACACGUUCCAGAGAAUGCGCUGCUUAUCGUGUUUAUUUUUGAUUGCUGGAGUAAAAUGAAUGAUUUCCUCCAAUGCUCAAAGGAAACUACAAGCAAGAAAAUGCAGAUUGACUUACCUGUUA